AUGGCAUCACCCUCAGGCAAUCAUUCCUCCAGCGCAGAUGACCCGCCUAUUUCGACGACCACUACGCUGCGGUUGCCCCCUUUUUGGCGCCAGAACCCGUGGUCUUGGUUCAGACAGGUCGAGGCCCAAUUUCAGCUUCGACAUAUCCAGUCCCAGCAGUCAAAGUAUUUUCACGCUAUGGCUGGUCUUCCUCUGGAAGUUGCGGCAGAACUGGACGACGUCAUGGCCGCAGUUCAGCUCGAUCAUGCAUACGACGUUCUGAAGACCGCCAUCUUGAAUAGAAUGGAAGUUUCCGCUCGCGCAAAACUCCAGCAGCUACUCUCUGACGAAGACUUGGGCGACCGAAAGCCAUCGCAGAUGCUCCAUCGCAUGAAACAACUCCUCGGCGAUUCCGCUACCGAAGCACAGCAACCCAUCUUGAGAGAGCUGUUCUUCCAAAGACUUCCGCAAGCGAUGCGUGUGGUUUUGGCAGGGUCGGACGAUUUAUCCCUUGACCGACUGGCAACGUUGGCUGACCGGAUUGCGGAUUACUCAGAGCCCCCUAAGCCGUCCAUCAUGGCCGCAGCCACAUCGGAGCACUCCCCGCGCUUGGACCGCAUUGAGCUCCAGCUCCAACAGCUCACUGAUGCCUUGCAAUCUCUCGCGGCUGCUGGUGCUCGACGCCGUAGCCGUUCCGCUCCUCGAUCCCGCCGCCGCUCAUCACCGACUCCUCCGCAUGAACCCCAGGCCGCUAACCGGCUUUGCUGGUACCAUCAUCGUUUUCGGCACAGAGCUCAACGUUGCGUCCCAACGUUGCGUCCCACCCUGCGCUUGGCAGGAAAACCAACGGGCCGAUCACUGAUGGCGGCAGGCGAUCCCGGCCGUACUUCCAGCCGCCUCUUCACUAUACGCGACCGCAUCGCGGGCUAUCGCUUUCUGGUCGACACUGGCGCUGAGUUCAGCGUAAUUCCAGCGUCUGCUGCUGAUCGUCGCCGUUCCCACUCCGGCUCAAACCUUCAAGCCGCAAACGGCACAGCGAUCAAGACAUAUGGGCUACGCUCUUUAACGCUCGACCUUGGACUGAGGCGAACUUUCCGCUGGGUGUUCGUUAUUGCCGACGUCACGCAACCCAUACUAGGCGCAGAUUUCUUGGCAUUCUUCAACCUUGCCGUUAAUGUCCGCCAUCGCCGCUUAUGUGACAGCACCACUACGCUUCAGGUGACAGGUGCCUCGUCUCCGCAAGCUCCGACCGGUAUCCGCGCGCUUCGUCCUCCUUUCGCCAUACGGCGCGCUCCUGGACGAGUUCCCGGACAUUACGAAGCCCUGUAA